AUGCCUGAAUCAACAAGCCUGACCUUCGACCUUCUCUCUGAUGAAAUCAGACAAAGCUCCGCCAUUGGUGCAGAAAUCCAACUACCUCCGGGAAUGCCCAUGCUGGAUUUGGACCGCCUAACCGACAACGACAAAAAUACUCUCCGAAAAGCACUCUUCGAGAAUCAAGUCAUCGUCAUCAGAAACCAAAAAGGGAUUGACCCAACCGUCUUGCCAAGUCUGGCUAAGAUUUUCGAUCCUAAUGCAUCCGACGUCCAUUCCGCCGGAGAGAAAGCCGUGAGCGACCCCAAGAACAUCUUGUCCGCAUACAAAGCAGGCAGAAUCCCCAGAGCACCGCAAGUUGGAAUUAUUGGCUCGGGGAGGUUCCAAUAUUACGAGGGCUUGAAAGAAUUGGAGGUCGUGCAUCUUGAUCACACAUUGUUCCACGAGGAGCCUCUCAGUCAAGAUGAACUAGAUAAUGGCUAUACUCGUCCAUACCGGUGGCAUAUGGAUACCCCAUUCUAUGAACGUCUGCCAGGUGAAGUGACUAUCCUGCACUCAAUUCGCAUUCCCAAUGUACCAGAUCAGAAGAUGAAGUUCCCUGAUGGGACAGAGAAGACCGUCGGUGCUGGAGCCACGGCAUUCUUUUCUGGCGCUCGCGUAUUUUCUUUGUUGACGCCCGAGGAACAAGAGUUUGCUCUUAAUACCACAGUCACCUAUGCCCCUCAAGCAUAUGAGUAUAUCAGACAAUGCAAAGCGUCCGAAAAUGGUCUAACAAUCCCCAAUUUUGGACGGGAGGUACCGGUGGAAAACUUGUCGGAAUGGUCCUGGGACAAAGUCGCCGAGCACCCGAUGGUCUGGCGAAACCCGCUCAAUCCCGAUCGGCCAUUCUUCCAGGUGCAUGGUUGUUGCGUUUACAAGCUCACUACGCGGAACCCAGCAACGGGUGAGACCACAGUGAUAGAUGAUGUUGAGAAAGUCAGAGAAGUGGUAUACAAGAUGCAGAGUAAGAUAUAUGCCGCUGAGAACAUUUAUGCCCACCAUUGGCAAGAGGGCGAUGUAGUCAUUUUCCACAAUCGGGGCGUCAUGCACAGUAUUACUGGCCAAUUGGCCAAGUACAAGGAAGAGGAGGACAAGAGGAGGUUGCUCUGGCAAUGCACAAUGACAAGCACAACUCCCCCAAGCCCUUCCGGGAUUACGAGGGAGUCAACGACACGGGUUAUGUGA